AUGCGAUGCGCGAGCAAGGCCGCCGAGAGCGCGUCUGCACGUCUCUGUGCGGACGCCGAAGCAGAAACUACAGCAACUGAUGUCCCAUCGGUUGCUGAAUCGACUCAGCCUGUAUCACCUGGUGAUGCAGGCGCUGGUCAUGAAGACACUCGUGUCUUCACAGAGUACGAGCUCGGUGUCUCGUACUCUCCUGAUACGGAUGACGGAUCCGUAUCGACGGCAAUUGAAUCCAAGCCGCCUGCCAAGCGUGGCAUGGACGAUGCUUUGCGUCGCAGCAUCUUUGGUUCAUCUGAUGAGUCAGAUGAACCAUCGCCGAAGCGAAGGCGCUCGAGGUCGCGAGACUCGGGCGCUAAUAGUGGUGUCGUUUCUCCAAUGGACACCACUUCACAGCGAGGUGCCAGUACUUCUGUCGGCACGUCGCAGGAAGAGCGGGACCGCAAUGUGUUGCGUCUCGCUCCAGAAAAGAAGGCAUGGAUGCCUCCUAAAUCUGUCAUGGAUCACUUGUCGGCGACGACGAGUGAUCGUUAUCGAACACGAUUGUUCGAUUCGUCAAGGAUUCAUCACCUUGACCCCAGCGCGAAAAAGUAUCGCGCUGAACAUGAGUUCUUCAUCGAUGCUUUCUUUAGACAUAGAUGGUACAGUGGGAAUCACAAACGUGAUGGUCCCUCACUACUUCAGGCGUGGAACGCCUACAUCCAUAAUCUCGAGGAUGUAGGUCGUGACGCUUGGAACGACAAACUUAUCAAAGCUCGUGAUAAGUUUGAAAAGCGAACCCAGACAGGUGCACGCUACAAGCUGCAUCGUCUGUCAAGGGAGAAAGGAUUACCCUGCCUCUCUUGGGGAGACUCGUGCCCAUGUUGUGUGAACAACUCUGCACGAGCACCUAAGGAGGCUUACCUCCUUACCAGCCCGUGGUGGCGCGUACGUGUCUCUACUGAGAUGUACGAAGGGAUUGACAACCUGAAAUCCCUUUACGACCGUGCCGGGAAGACUUUCUCCGGCGGUCCUUCUGCGGCACAGGAUGUGUCGCGUCGUACUGCUCGACCAGACCCAGUACGUCAACCAUCAAUUGGGAGCGGGGCUCCCAAGAAUCCCAGGACGGGGGAUAGCCGCGCCACCGGACGAGGUAACUCGUCCGACGUCCGUUCACGUCGCGGUGGUUCAACAGCUGCUCAACUAGAUAGCGCUGGCCACCGCGAGAGUCCUCUAAUGGAGGUGGAGGCUGAGGAAAGAAGCUCUCCACACGAUCGUGGGGAUCCGUGUGUUCCGAGAGCUUCUUUGAUCGCGUAA